AUGGGUGACAUGAGUGAUCUUGAUAGACAGAUAGAGCAGUUGCAGAGGUGCGAGGUUAUCAAGGAAAGUGAAGUCAAAGCACUGUGUGCCAAAGCUAGAGAAAUCCUUGUUGAAGAAGGAAACGUACAAGCAGUUGAUGCCCCUGUAACUGUGUGUGGAGACAUACAUGGACAAUUUUAUGACCUGAAAGAAUUGUUUAAAGUUGGCGGCAAGGUGCCAGAGACAAACUACCUCUUUAUGGGAGACUUUGUUGAUAGAGGCUUCUACAGUGUGGAAACCUUUCUCUUGCUUCUGGCUUUGAAGGUUCGAUAUCCAGACCGCAUCACACUGAUCAGAGGUAACCACGAGAGUCGACAGAUCACACAGGUUUACGGCUUCUAUGAUGAAUGUUUGCGGAAAUACGGCUCCAUAACCGUUUGGCGUUACUGUACAGAAAUCUUCGAUUAUCUUAGUCUGUCUGCAAUUGUAGAUGGCAAGAUCUUCUGUGUACAUGGAGGUUUGUCUCCUUCCAUCACAUCCCUUGACCAGAUCAGACAGAUUGACAGGAAGCAAGAGGUUCCCCAUGAUGGCCCCAUGUGUGAUCUGCUGUGGUCAGACCCUGAAGAUAUGCAGGGGUGGGGUGUCAGUCCGCGAGGAGCCGGCUAUUUGUUUGGCAGUGACGUGGUCAACUCCUUCUGUCAGGUGAAUGAAGUGGACCUGAUCUGUCGAGCUCAUCAGCUGGUGAUGGAGGGCUACAAAUGGCAUUUUGGAGAGAUGGUGCUCACUGUGUGGUCAGCACCUAACUAUUGUUACAGUUUUCCCUUUCUAGCAAUUCUAGAACUAGAUGAAAACUUGAAGAGAGAUUUUACAAUAUUUGAAGCAGCUCCACAAGAAUCAAGAGGAGUACCAUCUAAGAAACCACAGCCAGAUUACUUUCUGUAG